AUGGUGCUUGGUCUGAAGUCCGUGCCUGCGGAGGAUAAAAGCUGCCUGGCAGGCUAUAGUCGUAUUAUCUAUAUGAUAAGAGUUUGCACGCGCAUUGUGGGCGCGGAUGUCAUAGAUCCCAACUAUAGACUCACUUGGGUUACCUACAUCAUUAUAUCACUGCUUACGAACUUUUUUCUCUGCACGUUCUAUUCGAUGUACGUGGGUUAUAAGAGCUCUGGGGACUUUACAGUCAUUUUGCAGGUGAUUUGCUUUGUCGGCGCUGGAGUGCAGGCCACCGUCAAGUUGAUCUGCUUCAUCAACUAUCCGGAUACGUUGCGUGUGUCGCAGAUAUUUCUGCAUGAAACCUACAAGAAGUACGAGAAGUUCGAGGGACAGUACACGGUGGUGCUGCAGCGAAGUCUGGACAUGACGCGCAUGAUAAUCAAAGCUAUUGCCUGCAUGUACAUUAUGAUUGCCAUAUCGCUGAUCUUCUUUCCGCUGGUCUACUACAUCGUUCAGAAGAAGAAGAUAUUGAUAAUGCAGUUUCUGGUGCCAGGCCUCGAUCCGUACUCGAAUCAUGGCUUCUUUUUGCUUACAUGUCUGCAUGCCUCUUGCCUCUGCCUGGGCGCAUUUGGCAACUUUUCCAGCGAUAUGUAUAUCCUCAUCUUUAUAGGGAAUGUCUCGCUGGUGAAGAAUAUUCUGCGCUGCAAGCUGAACGAUCUCAAUGUGCGACUCGAACAAGGCGCUGAGCCUGCUGAAGUUCGUUAUGCUAUGCAGGACAUUGUGCGUUGGCACAUGGAGUAUCUCAAACAGUUGAAAUAUGAAGUCAAAAUUCAUGACAUUACGAACAGUAAAAACUGUUGUGAACUAACAAAUUCGUUUUCUAUUUCCAGCAUGUUGGAUCGCAUGCAGCUGAUUUGCUUUUGGAUUAUUAUAGCCAUGGUCGGCUGCAAUGCAAUGAGCAUAUUGGCAACCAUGUACUGUCAUCUGAAUGGCAUUUGGCCCGCAGCUUCAUUUCUGCUCAUCUUUUCCUUUAUGAAUCUCUAUUUGUAUUGCGGACUUGGCACCAUGGUGGAUACAGCUAACGAAGACUGCGUGGACGUUAUCUAUACCGAGUGCCGCUGGUACGAUCUGCCUGUAGUGGAGCAGCGCUUUAUUUUGCUGAUGCUGCGCAAGGCGCAGAAUACGUCAAGUCUCAAUAUUGGCAGCAUGAUGCCGCUGACUGUGAAUACAGCGCUGCAGUUGACCAAGACUGUCUACAGUUUGGUAAUGGUGCUCAUGCGAGAGUGAAGUGAUGCAUAAUUUAUUAAUUUCCCCUACAUACAACUGUCCUGUUCCUUUUAA